UACGGUAGUUCAAUGAUGUUUAUAAAUAUGCGAAUCUGACAUUUUUCGCACGUAUAACAUAUUUAAUAUAUUCAUAAUACCGUAAAUAGAAUAUACAUUAGUAAGUUGAGAACGUGAUUCAAUGCGUAAUGCAACGUGAGACUGCAUUUUAAUUGUAAUAUAUAACUUAUUUAUUGUAAAACGAAAAGUGUUUUUUUUAAUAAAAAAUGACAAGUGGCCAAAGUGGACAUGAUCAUUCUUUUACCAUUCGUCAAGAAAUACAACGUUUUGAGAGUGUUCAUCCAUCAAUUUAUGCUAUUUAUGAUCUUAUAGAUCUUAUAUCUGAUGCUCAAAUCGCGAAGCAAAUAAGGGAACAUGUUGUAGCCAUUGAAGAUUCUUUUGUUAAUAGUCAUGAAUGGACUUUGGCGAGAGAUGUCCCAGAAUUACAUCUGGGAAUUAUUGGGUCGUGCGAUUCUGGAAAAUCAGCAUUGGUCCAUAGAUAUUUAACAGGAUCUUUUAUGCAUGAAGAAUCACCGGAAGGUGGGCGGUUCAAAAAGGAAGUGUUUAUUAAUGAACAGAGUUAUUUAUUGUUGAUUAGAGAUGAAGGUGGAGUACCAGAAACUCAGUUUUCUUCAUGGAUAGAUGCUGUUCUACUCGUGUUCAGUCUUGAAAGUGAAGAAAGUUUCUCAGUUCUUUGUAAUUAUUAUAACAAAAUGUGCUCAUUCAGAAAUAUGACAGAUGUACCAAAAAUUCUAGUGGGAGUACAAGAUUCGAUAAACGAAACUAAUCCUCGAGUAAUUAAAGAUGUUAGACCACGCAAAUUAGCAUGUGAGUUGCGUUGUCCAUAUUACGAAACCUGUGCCAUUUAUGGUUUGAAUGUUGAAAGAGUUUUUCAAGACGCAUGCCAAAAAAUAAUUCAAAAAAUGCCUGGCUUUACAAUUGUGUGUAAUGGUCAAAAAAUGAAAGAAAAUCAAUCUAAAUAUUCAGUACCUGUGAUUACAAAAAAUAUUCUACUGCCCACCAAAGAUGUAGAAAUCAGCAGUCCUUCAAAAUUAAGUUCAAUUGAUAAACCUAAUGAUUUCAUAAGACCAAUACAAGAUUCUAUGAGUCAAUGUGAUUCUAUUUUAGCUAAUGAUAGUAUUCAAUACAUUCAAAAUCCUAAUUCAGAAUUUCGCUCAUCAAUUCUUACUCCUACGACAAUUAGAAAGUUUAGACGGAAAUCAAAUAUAUUUACACCGUCGAAAAAAGAGAAAUUUAACAUAGGUGAAAUAGGAGUUGGUAGAGAAAUACCUGUGAAACAAGGAUAUCUUUUCAAACGAAGUAGUAAAUCAUUAAAAGAACGUAAAAAAAAAUAUGUUACGUUAUUAGAAGAUGGAAGACUCACGUAUCACUCAAGUCUGCAUGAUUACAUGAAUGAUACUAAUGGUAAAGAGAUUCUUUUACAAUACGUAACUGUGAAAGUACCUGGAAAAACACCGAAAGGCUCUAAAUUAUCAUCGAUUCAAGACGAUAGCUUUGAGUUUUCAAUUAUAUCUCUAGAAAAUAAAACAUGGAAUUUUGAAGCAAACAAUGCAGAAGAUAGAGAUAGUUGGAUUGCGGCAAUUGAAUUACAGAUAUUAUCAAGUUUGCAGAACAGCGAUGCUGAUAAAAAAAAUGAAACUGAAGCUUUUAAAAUGCAUUGUAUUAGAAAUAAAGUUUCGGGAAAUGACGCGUGUGCUGAUUGUGGAGCUGCAAAUCCUGAUUGGGCAAGCCUUAAUCUUGGAAUUUUAGUUUGCAUUGAAUGUUCUGGAAUUCAUCGGAAUUUAGGCUCCCAUAUUUCAAAAAUCCGGUCUCUGGAUCUUGAUGACUGGUCUGGUGGUCAAUUAAGUGUUAUGUUGGCAUUAGGUAAUGAUAUUGCAAAUAGUGUAUGGGAGUAUAACCUUAAUGGAAAACAAAAACCAAGUUCUGAUUCACAAAGAGCUGAAAAAGAGCAGUGGAUUCGUUGGAAAUAUGAAGAAAAAGCGUUUUUGCCACCUUCUAAUCCUGGUAAUCCUCUUGGAAAAUUGCUCAUUGAUUCAGUGUGUCGAGGUGAUAUGAGGGCAUUUACAUUAUGUUUAGCAAGAUGUACAUAUGAAGAUAUAAAUAUUUCCGUGAGUAAUGAAGAUUUGAGGACACCAUUGCAUUUGGCGUGUGCCACUGGAAAUUUAGCUAUGGCACAAUUACUAAUAUGGCAUAAAGCUAAUCCACAAAAUCUCGAUCACGAAGGCCGUACCUGUAUGUCGUAUGUCAGAGCAUUAGAAAGGACAUUGGAUAACACUGCUGAUUCAAUAGAAAUGCAAAAGCUUUUAGAAGUUUUAGAACAAGCGAGUAUAUCUAGUAUGGAUGAUCCUGAUAUGACUCAGUAUUAAAAAAUUUGAUUGCUCCAAGGCAAGAUCAUUCUAUGAACGAUAGAAAAUUUGAUUUUACUUAAGUUCUUUAUCUUUCUACGUCGAUACUUAUUUUUUUAAAAUUAUUCCACCGAUUUUUAAUGUUUUUCAUUAAAUUUGAAGCUAGUUUUUACCUAGUAUUUGACCGUAUAGGUUUAGUAUUUAUAAAUUUUAUGUUUGUUAAGUAUUUCUCAAUGUCUUAAUUGAAACUGAAUUUCAAGAAUUUCAAUAUUUUUUUGUGAAUACUUAAAAUGAUACAAAUUGUCUAAAUAUAAGCGUAUACAUAAGUUUACUUAUUAAUUCAACACGAAAAUUGAUUCAGUAUCUUAACAAAAAUAUUAUUACCACUCAAUGGAAGUUAAUAAUUAUAUAUAUAUAUAUAUAUAUAUAUAUAUAUAUAUAUUCUCGGAAAGUAACAUAGAUGCAUCCCAAUGAAUGAAAUCGAUUUAGCGAGAUGUAAUCGAGUGUAAUUUUUGUCAAUGACUGAAAAGUACAAAACACUCAUAAAUCUAGUUAUAUUAUAUUUAUACAUUGAACUUAAUGUACGUAUUCGAGUAUGCUUUUACAAUUCACACAUUUAUUAAAUAUAUUGUAUCAACUUA